GGUGGUGUUGAACACAUUGAUCAGCGGUCACUUCUUCAAUUGGCACAUCUGCACGGCCACAAGCACAUCGUGCGUUAUCUCCUGCGCGAUACUAACAAGGAUCUAAAGCCACAAAUCAAGCAUGGUAACAAGGACGACAUUAAUCACGACUAUCUUGAGGACUGGCCUUUGUCCGGAUACUGCUUGACUAACCAGGAGUCGCCCGUUCUUGCACAGAGCAAUCAAGGUUGUCCGGAUGAAACCUUUGAACCGAAACCAAGUGUUCAUCCAUGUCAACUGAUCCAUGACGAUGCCUGUCCUUUACAAGAGCUUAUCUGUUGGCCAGAACAUAUUUCUUUGGAUGCGCUCGAGAGAAGUUUGGCCUGCCAAAUCAUCCUCUAGCCAAAAAACAAAAACAAUUGCAAAAACAAUCGCAAAAAUCAACAAAAAAAUCGCAAAAACCAAGUUAAUCAG